CACACACACACACACACACACACAAAAGCGCACACUACCACUUACACUGCAUAAGAAAAUCAGUUUAACACUUGAAAAACUCUAUUUUUGUGGCCUCACCCCCAUCACCCUCCGAUUCCCCGGAGGAAAAAAAAAAGGAAAAAAAAAGUUUCAUCUUACACUUUCUGUUAUACUUCCACUGCAUUGCAUGCAAUAUAGAGCUUAAUUGCACCAUAUAGUAUAUAUCUGCAUAGUGGAUAUAUCUAUAUAGUGUGCUUCUCCUUUAUUUUUCUUGUUUGUAGUGUUAUUUUUGUUUGGAUUGAUGCAAGCUGUGUCACCCUUGGCAAAAACCACCACCACCAAAGAUGAGAGCCAAGAACAGAUGGAUAAUAGUUUUAGUACCGGAGGCAACGGAGACUUCCCUGACUUGCUCGAAAGCAUUGAUUUCGGCAAUCUUUUUGUGGGCAUCAAUGAUGGGGAUGUGUUGCUAGAUUUGGAUAUGGACCCUGAAAUUCUUGCUGACUUCUCUGUUAGUGGAAGCGGCGAGGAAUCAGAGAUGAACACAUCGGUUUCAAAUGGGAAAGUGGAAGAUAAUACAGAAAAAAAUGAGGAAGACAAGGUUUUGGGUUCUGGGUCGAGUCUGAGCACAAGGGGAGAGGAGAUUGUGAGCAAGGGAGAUGAAUCCGUCGUGGUUAAUCCAGUUUCUAAAGAAAGUGAUAAUGGAAGAAAAUCAACACAAGCCAAGAAUAAUCAAGGGAAGAGAAAAGUGAAGGUGGCUUGGACGUCAGAGCUGCAUAGGAAGUUCAUACAAGCAGUGGAGCAGCUAGGUGUGGAAAAGGCAGUGCCUUCAAGGAUUUUAGAGCUUAUGGGUAUUGAUUGUCUCACUCGACAUAAUAUCGCCAGCCAUCUCCAGAAAUAUCGAUCUCACCGGAAACAUUUGCUAGCGCGUGAAGCUGAGGCAGCAACAUGGAGCCAUAGACGGCAAAUGUACAGAGCAGCUGGAGGCGGCGGCGGCAAGGCAGACAUGACCCCUCGGCAUGCACCCACAAUGGGUUUUCCUCCUAUAACACCCUUGCACCACCAGCACUUCAGACCCUUGCAUGUGUGGGGUCAUCCUCCCAUGGAACAACCCUUAAUGCGCAUGUGGCCUAGACAUCUAGCCCACUCACCAUCACCGCCGCCGCCACCUACAUGGCCAACAUCACCACCAUACCCUUCAUAUUGGCACCACCACAAUCAGCAACGGGUUCCAAAUGGACUAAUACCAGGAACGCCUUGCUUUCCACAGUCACUGGCACCAGCGAGAGUAGUCCCUGGCAUCCCACCCCAUGCCAUGAACAAAGUGGACCCUGGCAUCGUAGUCCCGACUAGACAAUCAGGUCCCCAUCCUCUCUUCGACUUUCAUCCGGAGAGCAUAGAUGCUGCUGUUGGAGAUGUUUUAUCGAAGCCAUGGCUGCCACUUCCUCUUGGGUUAAAACCACCGUCUCUAGAUAGUGUUUUAGGGGAGCUACAACGGCAAGGAGUGGCCAAGAUACCGCCACUUGUGCUUGAAACCAUCAGAGAACAUCCUUCCAAAGGCGGUUGUUCAUAUUGGUGAUUUCAAGAACCACUUAAAAAUAUCUAAAUUUGACGACAUAUCCUGUGCGUUUGCCAAAUGUACAUGUAAUCUGCGAGCUUUUCUUCUUAACCUUCGCCUCUUUCUUCCCUCUUAGCUAAAACUGAGAAUUGUUUUCUUGUUCUUGCAGCAAGAAUAGGCUUUGUGCAUUAGGCUACCUAAGUUUUGUAAUAAAUUAUUAUUAUUAUUAUUAUUAUUAUUUUUGUAAUGGUUUCACGUA